AAAAUGUCACUUGUGCAAAAUAAUUGAACAAAUAACAGAGUAGUGCAAGAAAACUAGUUUUGAAAACUUCCGUUAGUGGCCUUUUUAGCAAGUUUACAUAUAACUAGAUACACGGAGAGCACUUGAUUUUAUUAACUUAGGUAGAGUAGGCAAGUAGGGAACUGCUUGGCCAAAUUUUGUUUUGGAAUUAAAGCCCCUUGCUUGUCCGCAGAUAGCUGUUGUGCAGUCUGCCACCCUGUACGUUGUUUUCCUUCUCUUGUUGUCCACAGUAAUGUACACCUCUGCUAAAUAAGCAUGUGGGUCUUAUUUGGCUUUGCUUUCAACAUGUUGUUCAACACUGAAAUUGUGAGAGCUUACUUUCUUUAGAGAAAGGGUGAUUGUGUGUGGCUGGGUUUUUUGAGGGGUCUUUUGUGACCUUUUAGUGCUUUAAUGAGGUAACAACAAGAUGUAAUGUCAGACUGGAGGGAGAGCUAUUUCUCAGAUGUAUCCAAAAGAAAUCCCAAACUUUUUUUUUUCCUGGCACUUCUACUUCUAGAGAAACCUAAGAUGGUACAACUACAUCUGUGUGUCAGUGUCAAUGUGGAAUUUAUAAUGAACUCUUAUUUUUCUCUGGCUCCUUUAGGUUGUAUGGAACUCUGUUUGUUGCCUUAAUUUUAGUAAAGUGUCUUCCAUUAAGUUAAAAAUAGGGAGUGUGUAGUAAAAAAAAGGCUCUAGCAGCCCUUGUUUUGCUUUUGAGUGCUCAAACCAACCAUCGGUUUCCUUAAAUUGAAAAUAGUGGGGGAAAAAAAUAGUAGAGGGUCAAACGAGGUAUUUAGAUUUCAAGCUGCACUUUAUUUUCUGUCAAUUUAGUAAUAAAUCAUGAUAAAUGGAUCUUUUAUCUCCUUAGGAUUGGAAUUUUACGUAAAUGUUUCACAAUGAAUAAAAACUUCCCAGCAAAAAGGCUUGUAAGAAUUCCUUAAGUGUUUUUUAUAUAUAUAAUGUUCUUUCUCCUUAGUGUUUUGUUUUCAUUUUCUACAGAGCAGAUGGUAUGUUGCCCUGGUACAGUGUAACCCACUUAAUCCCUUAGGGAUGGGCUUUGGUCACAUAAGUUACAUUGGGAACAAUAUGAAUGUAUAAUGUAGCCUGACCAAUAGCGGCUGCUAUUGCUAAGAGUCCCUGGAGGAAAAGGGAAACUAAUGCAAGGGAGAAAGAUGAGCACAUACGAGCAGGAAUAAUCACUUGAUAAGUUAUUGAAAGAGUGGAAGCAGUAACAGAGAAGUAGAUUGCAAGGAGAAUGUCACUUAACUCAAAACUGUUAGAAAUGUUGGAUGAAGAGCAGCAGCGCCUAAGGGUGUUUUGAAGUUGGCUGAAAGUUAGUAGUAUAUUUAAGUUGGGAGAUGCUCAGCUGUGAGCUGCUGAGAAAUGACAACUCUUAUUAAGUCAGAAUAAAUAAUAGUUUGCUCAUCCUCCUUGAACGUGGGGAAUGAGAUGGAAAGUGAAGGCCAGGUCUCUGCAAGAUUAAGCUAGCAGAGAUAUAAAUGUAGGUAUUUCUCGUGACAAGUUUUGCCGAUGGAAUUUGUGGCCAGAUGUAAGUUAGAAUAAAUGAAGUGAUUCUGGCAGUAGGUACUGGGAUGAUUUCAUGAUCCAGGGGAUAUGUGGACUUAAGGAUUCCUUCCCUUGGCUGCUGGUUCUUUCAUAGUCCUGAGUCAUGCCAGGUAAUUGUUUGAACUAGAGUCCUGAAGUACAUAUAACCUUAUAAAGAAAUCCCAAAAAAUAGCUUUUUGGUAUACAAAGGAGUGGCAACAGCUGUAUGUCAUUUCUGUUUGGGUUGUGUUCAUAUUACAAAUUGUUAUUAAUAAAUUCUAGUGAUAUUCUGGUGUUAGAUAAAGUAUGUCUGGGCUGCUUACAACUAGAGGCAAUUUUCAGAUAACCCGUCAUCAAAUUAUUAAAGAUCUGUCCAACAGAAGAUAUGAACUACCGUCACAGUGCAAUGGUGAAAUCGUAGAUAAAAGAAGGAAGACUUGCCAGGUGAUUAGGAUCUCUGUAGGUCAAGCCGUAUGAUUGAAGGGCUUCCAGAGAACCAGGCAGCUCACAAGUGGCUGUCAAUAGGGGGGUGUUGCUGAUCCCCAGCUCUCACAUUGCUACCCCGUGGAGGGGAGGGCUGUUUUGGAGGCUGAUUAAUGUCCGAGCCUGUAAUGCAUUCAGAACUACAAAGCGUGUAGCAUCUCGACUUCAUAUCUGUAUGCUUCCCUCUGAAUCGAGAGCAAAAUGUUUCAAGGACAAACAGGCUUGUGGCCUCUUCAGAACUAAAAAUCCAUUAUUGUGCCAGUUAAUUGGCCAAGGUGUAAACCAGUACCUUCUAAAUACAAGAACGAGGAUUGGCUAAGCAGAGAAAAGGGAGAAAACGUGCUUCUGUCCUUUCUUUUCAGGCUUCUGGAAACUUGCAGUUCUGCUGUAGGUGACAAAUAUAACUCCUCUGUAGUGAUUGAGGGCUGAGAAAUGUAAAAACUCCACAAAAAAUGCUGAAUGAUGAUUUAAACUGAACUGUUAAGGUCUAGGAAACCAGGAGGAUCUAUUCCCGUAACAAUGGCAGCAAAAUCAACACUCCUUAAGGUAAUACUGCUAGGAGAUGGCGGAGUUGGGAAGAGCUCCCUUAUGAACAGAUACGUCACCAACAAGUUCGAUGCACAGCUGUUUCAUACGAUAGGUGUGGAGUUCUUAAAUAAGGAGUUGGAAGUGGAUGGACACUUUGUUACGAUGCAGAUAUGGGACACAGCUGGUCAGGAACGUUUCAGGAGCUUGCGGACUCCUUUCUAUAGAGGUUCUGACUGUUGCCUGCUAACCUUCAGCGUGGAUGACUCUCAAAGCUUCCAGAACUUAAGCAACUGGAAGAAAGAAUUCAUUUAUUAUGCAGAUGUCAAGGAGCCUGAAAGUUUUCCGUUUGUGAUACUGGGUAACAAAGUUGAUAUCGAUGAAAGGCAAGUGUCUACGGAAGAAGCCCAAGACUGGUGCAGGAAUAAUGGCAACCAUCCCUAUUUUGAAACCAGCGCAAAAGAUGCCACUAAUGUUGCAGCAGCCUUUGAAGAAGCCGUUAGAAGAGUUCUAGCCUCUGAAGAUAGAUCAGAUCAGUUUAUUCAAACAGAUACAGUAAACCUUCAUCGGAAACCGAAACCCAGUUCAUCUUGUUGUUGACU